UGAAUCUUUCUAUCUAUUCCUUCGCUCAAUCUCAUUACAAGAAAAAAGAAACAGAAAUAUGAACUCAUUCCAUCUCCUUAUUUUCUCCGUAGUCAUCCUUUUCCGGUGUCUAAAUCCCACCAGAGCUGCGAACUGUAAUCCCGAUGAUGAGGCGGGUCUUUUAGCUUUCAAAUCAGGUAUAACCAAAGACCCUUCAGGAAUUUUAAGUUCAUGGAAGAAUGAUACUAGUUGCUGCUCGUGGGACGGUGUUAAUUGCCGUAACAACGACCGCGUCGUCACACUCACUGUCAACAUAGAGUCCGUUGAUGCCGGAAUAUUUCUCGCCGGCACUAUCUCCCCGUCGCUGGCCAAACUCCAGCAUUUAGAAGGCCUCGUAUUUAUUAACCUCAAAAACAUUACUGGUCCUUUCCCACGAUUUCUUUUCCGGUUACCACGUCUAGAGUAUGUUUACCUCGAGAACAGCCGUCUCUCCGGUCCUCUCCCGGUUAACAUCGGUUCGCUAAGCCACUUAGAUAUGUUGACGGUUAAAGGAAACCAAUUCACCGGUCCAAUACCAAAGUCGAUAUCAAACUUGACCCGGUUAAAUUACCUUAACCUCGGUGGUAAUCUCUUAACCGGUACUAUACCGUUAGGAAUCGGUAAUCUCAAGCUCAUGUCGAAUCUGAACCUCGACGACAACCGUCUCUCUGGAACCAUCCCGAACAUUUUCAAACCCUUGACUAAGCUACGAGUCCUCACUCUUUCUCGCAACGGCUUCUCUGGUACACUACCUCCAUCAAUCGCAUCCCUCGCUCCGGUUCUUGCGUUUCUUGAACUGAGCCAGAACAAUCUCUCUGGUUCCAUCCCUAGCUAUCUAUCAAGAUUCAAGUCCCUCGACACGUUGGACCUCUCUAAGAAUAGAUUCUCAGGAGCAGUUCCAAAGAGCUUGUCCAAGCUGACUAAAAUCGCCAACAUCAAUCUCUCACAUAAUCUUUUAACCGAUCCGUUCCCUGUUAUGAACGUGAAAGAUGACAUCUUGACUCUUGACCUGUCUUACAACAAGUUCCAGAUGAAAAAGAUUCCGGACUGGAUUACCUCGACGUCGCUCCUCUACUCGUUGAAGCUGGCGAACUGUGGAAUCAAGAUGAGAUUAGAUGACUGGAAGCCGACAAGGACCGACCACUACGUUUCUAUCGAUCUCUCAGAGAACGAUAUCAGAGGCAGCCCCGCGACGCUAUUCAAGGAAGAACAUCAGCUGCGUGAGUUUCGGGCGUCUGGGAACAAACUCCGGUUCGAUAUGGAGAAGUUGAGUAUCUCCAAGUCGCUUGAGACGCUGGAUUUGUCGAGGAAUUUAGUGUUUGGGAAGGUGCCCGUGACAGUGGAUGGGUUGAAGAGACUAAACUUGAGUCAGAACCAUCUUUGCGGAAAACUUCCGGUGACUAAGUUUCCUGCAAGCGCGUUCGCCGGCAAUAAGGACUGUCUCUGUGGCUAUCCGCUUGCUCCUUGUAAAGGUUAAUGGAUUCAUUCAUAGUCUGUCAAAAGUUCCCAUAUUCUUGUUUUGUUUUCGUUUGUUUUUCAUGCAUUUGUGUCUUAUUUACUGUUUUUCAGUCUGUCAAUAAUUAUUCACUGUUUUUAGUUCA